CUGAGCUGAGUAGUCAUGUCUGGACGUGGUAAAGGUGGAAAGGGGCUGGGAAAGGGGGGUGCUAAGCGCCAUAGGAAGGUUCUGCGAGACAAUAUUCAGGGUAUUACCAAACCGGCCAUCCGUCGUUUGGCUCGGCGUGGCGGUGUCAAGCGGAUAUCCGGCCUCAUCUAUGAGGAGACUCGUGGGGUGCUCAAAGUCUUUCUGGAGAACGUGAUUCGGGACGCCGUCACUUACACGGAGCACGCCAAACGAAAGACGGUCACCGCCAUGGACGUGGUCUACGCGCUCAAGCGCCAGGGUCGUACACUUUACGGCUUCGGCGCUGGUGUACUUGGUGACAGCCUUGGUGCCCUCGGACACGGCGUGCUUGGCCAGCUCCCCGGGCAGCAGCAAGCGCACGGCCGUCUGGAUCUCCCUGGACGUGAUGGUCGAGCGUUUGUUGUAAUGCGCCAGGCGCGACGCCUCGCCCGCGAUGCGCUCGAAGAUGUCGUUGACGAACGAGUUCAUGAUGCCCAUGGCCUUGGACGAGAUGCCGGCAAGCAGGGUGGCAAGGCUCGUGCUAAAGCCAAAACUCGCUCUUCUCGGGCCGGCCUUCAGUUCCCCGUGGGCCGAGUGCACCGCCUGCUCCGCAAGGGCAACUAUGCCGAGCGGGUGGGGGCCGGCGCGCCGGUGUACCUGGCGGCGGUGCUGGAGUACCUGACGGCCGAGAUCCUGGAGCUGGCGGGCAACGCGGCCCGCGACAACAAGAAGACGCGCAUCAUUCCGCGUCACCUACAGCUGGCCAUCCGCAACGACGAGGAGCUCAACAAGCUGCUGGGCAAAGUCACUAUUGCUCAGGGCGGUGUCCUGCCGAAUAUCCAGGCCGUGCUAUUGCCUAAAAAGACCGAGAGUCAUCACAAGACCAAGGUAUAUAUAAAGGCAACCUCUUCUGUCUUACAUACCUUACUGUUUCUCAGUUUUUCGGAAAUGGCUCGGACCAAGCAAACAGCUCGUAAGUCUACUGGGGGGAAGGCCCCACGCAAACAGCUGGCCACCAAGGCGGCUCGCAAAAGUGCGCCGGCCACUGGCGGCGUGAAGAAGCCCCACCGCUACCGGCCCGGCACGGUGGCGCUGCGCGAGAUCCGCCGCUACCAAAAGUCCACCGAGCUGUUGAUCCGCAAGCUGCCCUUCCAGCGCUUGGUGCGCGAGAUCGCGCAGGACUUCAAGACCGACUUGCGCUUCCAGAGCUCGGCCGUGAUGGCGCUGCAGGAGGCGUGUGAGGCCUACCUGGUGGGGCUCUUUGAGGACACCAACCUGUGCUACUCGCUUGUAUUCACUAUGUCUGGCCGUGGCAAAGGCGGAAAGGGUCUGGGUAAAGGAGGCGCCAAGCGCCACCGCAAAGUUCUGCGCGACAACAUCCAGGGCAUCACCAAGCCCGCCAUCCGGCGCCUGGCCCGGCGCGGCGGCGUCAAGCGCAUCUCCGGCCUCAUCUACGAGGAGACCCGCGGGGUGCUCAAGGUCUUCCUGGAGAACGUGAUCCGGGACGCCGUCACCUACACCGAGCACGCCAAGCGCAAGACGGUCACCGCCAUGGACGUGGUCUACGCGCUCAAGCGCCAGGGCCGCACCCUCUACGGCUUCGGCGGCUAAGCUUAAACUGCAAGCUGUUUCCAAUAGCAGCGCUAAAGGCCCUUUUCAGGGCCACCUACA